AUGAUCUACUACAGCAACUUCUAUGGGGGCUAUGGCUGUGGUGGGCUCAGCUGUGGUAGGCUUGGCCGUGGCUAUGGCUGUGGCUAUGGCUGUGGCUUUGGUGGCUAUGGUAGCUACGGAUAUGGAUGCUACCACCCAACUUGCUAUGGAAGGUAUUGGUCAUACAGAUUCUACUGA